GCGCCCCGCCCCCUCUGCGUGUCCGCGUCAUCAUCUAGCGCCCCCACCAGGACGUGCGAAAAGCGACGGCGCAGCACGGCGCAGCGCAGCUCCGGCUCCCCUUUCCCCCUUGCUGGGUGAGAGGUGUCUAUGGGGCACCCGCUGCCGCCGCCGCUACCGCCACCACCACCGCCGCCGAGUGCUGUCUCUAUGGCGAGGAGGAGGAGGAGGAGCGCGAGCUCAGCGACACAAGUACAUAAAUAAAGGAUAAAAUAUUUUAUGAAAAAAAAUCUUCAAUCAAGUAUAACAUUUUGAUGCUCGGCAUCUAGACUCCCUUGUGCCCUCACUAUGCCAGCAGCAACUGUAGAUCAUAGCCAAAGAAUUUGUGAAGUUUGGGCUUGCAACCUGGAUGAAGAGAUGAAGAAGAUUCGUCAAGUUAUUCGAAAGUAUAAUUACGUUGCUAUGGACACCGAGUUUCCAGGUGUGGUUGCAAGACCCAUUGGAGAAUUCAGGAGCAAUGCUGACUAUCAGUACCAACUAUUGCGAUGUAAUGUAGACUUGUUAAAGAUAAUUCAGCUAGGACUGACAUUUAUGAAUGAGCAAGGAGAAUACCCUCCAGGAACUUCAACUUGGCAGUUUAAUUUUAAGUUUAAUUUGACGGAGGACAUGUAUGCCCAGGACUCUAUAGAGCUACUAACAACAUCUGGCAUCCAGUUUAAAAAACAUGAGGAGGAAGGAAUUGAGACCCAGUACUUUGCAGAACUUCUUAUGACUUCGGGAGUGGUCCUCUGUGAAGGGGUCAAAUGGUUGUCAUUUCAUAGUGGUUAUGACUUUGGCUAUUUAAUCAAAAUCCUGACCAACUCUAACUUGCCUGAAGAAGAACUUGACUUCUUUGAGAUCCUUCGAUUAUUUUUUCCUGUCAUUUAUGAUGUGAAGUACCUCAUGAAGAGCUGCAAAAAUCUCAAAGGUGGAUUACAAGAAGUCGCUGAACAAUUGGAGCUGGAACGAAUAGGACCACAGCAUCAGGCCGGAUCUGAUUCACUGCUCACAGGAAUGGCCUUUUUCAAAAUGAGAGAAGUAUGAAGACAUCAGUGCCUUUUUCUCAGUUGGUUGUUAGGUUGAGAACAUUAAAAAUCUUAUGGCAAAAGUUUUGGGGCAUUUAUAAGUACUUACUAAAUAAACAUACAAUUAGAAGUACCAUAUAAAUUACAUCCACUGCACUUGAA